CAAUAAAUUCUAUAUUCCUUUUAAUUACCCAACAUUUUCGGCAUUUCCCUUUCUUCCACCUCCGCCGUGUCGGUUCAUUCUCCGAUCUGAGCUCCGAUUAUCAUCUCGCCGGAGCUUCAAUUUAGCAUCAGCAACCUAUCUUUUCCGGUAUCUGAAUUAUCAUUCUUUUCUUAUUUGUAGUUUUCAUUAUCAUCAGGUACGUUUCAUAAUUUAAUCAGAUCUAAUUCCUUUUUUCUCUGAUCUACAAUUCCGCCAUAAUUCCCGAUCUGUGGACUAAAAUAAUUUCAACUAAUAUACAAGGGCUUUAGUUUAAUUUCCUACAUAUCCAGACGAAAAUAUGAAUUCAAAUUACGGGAAAUCAGGUUCUUCUGUGAAUAGUUUUGAUUUUGAUCUGGGUUUGAACUCUGGUCGAUCUCGAUCUCUUAAUGAUCAGAAGAAUAAAACGUCGUCGUAUUCUUCUUCUUCUUCAUCAUCCUAUACAUAUUCAUCAACGCAAUCAAAACCAAAUUCUGCAUCUUCAUGGACUCAACCGAACAAAUCAACAUGGACUCACCAACCAGUAGGGUCGUCAUCUGGACCGAAUUCAAUGGCUGGUGAUAUAUUUGGGAAGAGUUGGGGAUCUUCAACUCCUUCGACCACUAGCAAUGUAGCCUCAAGUGUUGGGAUAGCUAACAAAAACCCUAAUUUGUUUGGUGAUUUGGUGAGCUCAGCAUUGGGAGGAAAUAAGAGUAAUAGCAAUGCCCCGUUAAAAAAUGCUGCCCCAACUGCUAACAAGAGCGCGUUCUCUAUGAGUGGUAUGGCUGAUAAUCUGCCAAAGAGCGGCAAUUCUGUGAAAACUGGUGAUAGCUGGGGUUCAGUUGGAAAUUCUGGUAGCGGUAGUGCUGGUGCUUAUAAUGCUUAUAAUUUUAGUGCCAGUGUGAAUCAGAGUGGUGGUAAUAGUAAAAUCCCUAAUCUUGGAGGUACAUCAUUGAAAAAUAUGGCUGGAAGUGGAGUUGGAGGAGGUAUGGGUGUCAAUAAGGACCCUUUUGGUUCGCUGGUUGAUUUUUCGUCUAAACCCAGGCCUAAUAUGAAGUCGAGUAGUAAAGAAACUAAGAAUAAUAGUUCAGGGGAUGAUGUGUUUGGGAAUUUCCAAAAUGCUACUAAAUCAGAUGGAUCAGGAUUUCCAUCAGAUCCGUUUCCUACAAGUAAUAUUAAUGCUUCAACCGGGUUGAAUUCGGGUGGUGCUUAUUCCAAAGUUGAUGAUUUCGGAUUCACUAAUACUCAGAGUCAACCAUCUACUACUCAAUCUUCAGGUGUGGGUGAUUUUGAUUCACUUUUUUCAUCAACUAAUGCUUCAUCUGGAGAAGCUGCUGGAGUGAGUGAGAACCAGCAGUUUACAGGGGGUGAUGAUUGGGGGUUUGAAUCAGAAUUUGUGGGUGCUAACGAUAGCAGUGGAACAACUGAAAUUGAAGGGCUUCCACCACCACCUUCUGGUGUCAGUGCUUCUGCAGCGAAGAACAAGGGAAUGGAUAAUCACAAGCAGGGACAAUAUGGUGAUGCCAUAAAAUGGUUGUCGUGGGCCGUCAUUCUUCUCGAGAAGGCUGGUGAUGAAGCUGGUGUAAUGGAGGUUCUGUCAAGUAGGGCUUCAUGUUACAAAGAGGUAGGAGAAUACAAGAAGGCUGUUGCUGACUGUACAAAGGUGCUAGAACAAGAUGGCAAAAAUGUUUCCGUCCUUGUGCAGCGUGCUCUGUUGUAUGAGAGUAUGGAGAAGUACAAGCUUGGGGCGGAAGACCUCAGAACUGUUAUGAAAAUUGAUCCUGGUAAUAGGGUGGCGAGAAGUACCGUACACCGCUUGACUAAGAUGGCUGGCUAAGAGGGCUUUGGUAUAUUAGUUCUCUUAGCUUGUACUAGGCACAUAUGAUUUGAGAACUGCUCCCCUUCUCAUACCAAUUCUGGGGAACUCUCACGAAGAAAUUCUUUCUACAUUUUCAGGUUCUUGGUUUGUUAUCAAUUGUAUUUUAAUCUUUUUUCUUCUUUGCCACGGUGAACUUCCAUUAUAAUAUAUUAAAAUUGCUUUGUACUGGAAA